AGGGUAUAAAUAAAGACGCUAUUCUUUUAUAUGAAGCUUUUAAUUUCUUCUUCUUACAUACUUAUCUAAUAUGAACAACAAAACACAAAAAAGGGCCUUACCACCAACUCCCGCAACCAGUACAAAAUACACAAAUGUAUCAAGCGCCAUACCAUCAUUAUUAGAUGUAUCUUAUGAAAGUUUACCGGAUAGAGAACGAAGAUGGUAUAACGAUCUAUUAAAUUGUCAAAAAACAUUGGAGCAGAAAGAUUCUACUAUCAAUAAUUUAAAGACAAUUGUCAUGGAAUGGAAAAACAAAUCUAUGGAGCAUGAAACUUCUUAUAAGGAGACCAGGAAAAGACUCGAAGAUCGUGAACAAUUUUUAAUUAAGCAACAUGAAGCCGAAAUAAGAGCUAUGACGAAAGUACAAGCGGAUCAAGCAAACGAACAUCUUGAUAUGAUUUUACAAUUGGAGCAAGAAAAUCGACUUCUGAAACAGCAGUUGGGACAGCCAUCGCAACGAUUGAUAGCCCAUCAACCAACUAGCACAACAAGUAUAUUAUGCAACAGCGCAGAGGCUGCAAAUAAAUCAGCACUAGAAAAUGUCUCGAACAGUAAAGAGAAUGCCGAUGAAUUGAUUCAGAGAAUAAGCGAUAUGGUAAAUUCAAUGGAAGGAACAUUGCACGAUUUUAAAAAUAAUCAAGACGGUAUCCUUAUUAAUGACAUACCGUAUGAAGAAGACCACGCGCCUCCUGCCCUAACAUCAGAUACUUCAUCUUGCUCAUCUUCUGACGAAUUUUAUAUGGAGAUUAAACCAUCACUGACUACGCCAUUACCAAAAAAGAAGCGGUCGGCAACCAUACCUAACUUUCUUUUCCGUAACAAAAAGCUUUUAGAAGAACCGCAAAGGAAACGCAAUCAAUCAUUGCACGAUCAUAAAGUCCAAAGGAAACCAAUCAGGCAUGAAAUAAAGAUUUGAAUCGCAGUUAUUAUAAGCCACCCUUUUAGUAAAUAUUAUUUUUAAUUUGGAAAUGACACGGUUGAGAGAGUUUGUUAUGACGUUCCCAUCACACAUGACAUUCUUGUCCUCGAGACUCUGUUGAAAAAG